CUUACAGUAAAAACCCAAUAUGGCAGAGAUGGCAGCUCUCGCACGGUAACUAAAGCAACAUCAACAGUUUCAACAGCGCCCUUUCAAAACUGCUGGAUUUUUCGCAAGCGACCGCAGGCAUGAGGGAAAGACAGAAGAAGAAAAAGGGCAGGACGUGGGCAGAGGCCGCCAAAACGGUGCUUGAGAAGUACCCCAACACACCGAUGAGUCAUAAAGAGAUCUUACAAGUGAUUCAGAAAGAAAGGCUUAAGGAGAUAAGUGGGACAUCCCCUCUUGCCUGUCUCAAUGCCAUGCUUCAUACAAACUCACGUGGAGAGGAAGGGAUCUUCUACAAAGUCCCUGGUCGAAUGGGAGUCUAUACACUGAAGAAAGACACUGCAGAUGUGGUGAAGGAACUGUCAGAAGAGGUUUCAGACGACAGCAGCGACAACAUGUCUGAUACCCCAUGUACAGAAAAUAACAGCACCAACAGCAAAGAUGGACGCAGAGGAAGGUGGACAAGGAGAGUGUCGUCAAAACUACAGUCUCAGCCAUCAUCUCCGCAGUCGCGCUGCGCAUCUCCAUCAGUCUCUAGCAGCAAACUCAUGUCCCCAUCACAGAAACACAGCAAGAAGGCCCUUAAACAGGCACUCAAACAACAGCAGCAGAGGAAUCAGCGAAGGCAGUGUGGAAUUCCCACCACCUCAAGUCCACGGCUGCUCCUCAAGGCUGACACAUCCACCUCCAAAUCCCCCUGGGAGCUCAAACAAGCCGAGCGUUGCCCUGCUAGUCCACAGAAUUCUACCUCCAGCUCAUCGUCCUCUAUCAAAACAGAUGCGUGCCACACAGCUGGUGCCCGAAAGGUUUCUCAGCGCACCAGUCGGCUCAGCGCCAGACAACUGAGGCGUACGAAGUGUGAGAUAGAUGUUGAAACACCAGACUCUAUCCUUGUCAACACCAACCUGCGAGCAUUGAUCAAUAAGCACACGUUCUCAUUGUUACCUACAGAUUGUCAACAAAAGCUUCUUAAGAUGCUCCCAGAGGUUGACCAGCAGGCUAGUAUGGAUGGAGCGUUGAAGGUGACUAGUUCAGCUUUGAACAAUGAGUUCUUUACAUCUGCAGCACAAUCGUGGAAGGAAAGACUGGCGGAGGGUGAUUUUACACCUGAGCUGAGAUUGAGAAUACGACAAGAAAUUGAGAAGGAAAAAAAGGUGGAGGCUUGGAAAGAACAUUUCUUUGAAAGCUACUAUGGUGAAAAUUCUGGAUUGAGUAUCGAAGAAUCCAGAGAGCUGAUAGAGGCUGAAGACGUUCCUGAACCAACUAAAAGCACAGUCCCAUCAGAAAAGCCAGAGAUUGUGAAAGAGUCACAGAAACAAAGCCCUGUGGCGGAGGUCAGCCGCAUGGAGUUGAGGUCCAGAGAUGUCAAACCAGCAGUAACACAUUUCUCUCCUGAGGAGCCAGUAAAACAUUCAAUUUCAGAGCAAGUACAAUCAACCCCAGACAGAAAGGAAGCAAUGGAAGAAGUGAUUCCAAAAUCUCCUAUUCAGAAAGCAGCAGAGCCCACACCACAAAGUGAAAUAACACUGGAGAAUGACAUCAGAUGUAAGACUCCAGAAACACCUUUAGAACCAGUGGACACCUGUUUGAAUGAAAACGAUCCACCUAUUACUAAAGACGAAGGCCCUGUGGCGGAGGUUGGACAGACAGUAAUAGAGAGGAACAAACCUGGAUCUCCAAUCCCUGCCGUCGCAUCUGAACAUCUGAAGAGGAAACUUUCCAGUGAACAGGAUACAGAACUCGUAACAGAGAAAAAGCCUCGGGUCACUCCACUAGCUAAAGAAACAGUAGAACAGAGAGUACCUCCACUCAAAAUACCAGUGUCACGAAUUCUCUCAGCUCCUGCAUCUUUUGAGCAGACAUCUCCAAGGACUCCUAUCCCCUUGACCCCACCUUGCAUUAGACCUGGUCGUACUGGGGCACGGACUCUUGCUGACAUCAAGGCAAAAGCCCAGUUAGCGCGGGCACAGCGUGCUGCCGCAGCAGCAGCCGGAUCAUCAAGUGGAAGUACCAGUACCUCCACACCCUCCCCAGUUCGAUCCCUGUCAGAAGAGUUUUCACCAGCAAGCAGCAGAAGUCAAUCUGUCUCACCCAUAAAACAGAGCUCUGGAUCUCCUGCUCCAGAUACUUCCUCACAAACGCCUCCUUCCUCAGGUUCCUCUGGACACUCAGAUGUUGGUUUUACUCAAGGCCUAUGUGCCAACCAGGCUUCUAUAAAAGCAAAUCGAUCUUUGCUGGGGUCCCAAAUCACACAGUGUGCAUCGAAUCCAUUGGUAAAGGAACAGUAUAGCCUCAGUGCUGAAGCAAUUGUAGCAUCUUCUAGUCAGGCAGAAAACAUGACUGUCUCAAACGCAGUUGCACAAAACCAGAGAGCACAUCAAACAUCUGCAAUGACCAAGCCUAGCUCUUCAAUCCCAGCAAAUAAUCCUCUGGUCACACAGCUUCUUCAGGGUAAAGAGGUUCCUUUGGAAAAGAUCCUUCCAAAGCCACUAGCCAAGAUGGAGGUUCAAUCUGUGGCCAUUUCUGCUAGAGAUAAAGGGAAGAUUUGUGCCUCAACAGCUGGGUUAAAAAAGGAGAAUCCUAGAAACCAAGAAGAUGCCAAAUUUGGGCACCAGGUUCCUUCUGGUCAGUCUAUGAUACAACUUAGAUCUCCAGUAAGUGUGGACAAACUGUUCAAAACCACUCAGGACCAGAUCCUUCAGCCACUAAGGCCCAAAUGUGAGCAGAAACAAACUGGUUCAAGCCACCAACUCUCCCAAUUUCAGUCUGUUCAGUUAGGACCCCCUGAGGGCAACCAGGACCAGAUGAGUAUUCAUCUAGGCAUCUUUGGGCGAAAGAGGAUGGCCAAGCCAGCAAUGACGGGACACUACCUCCUCAACGUUUCCACUUAUGGUAGAGGGUCUGAAAGCAGCAAAAGGCCACAUCAAGUUAAUAACACAGUCCUUGUUAACUUGAAAAAAGAGAAAAUUGAAGAUGAGAGUGUGAAAGGAACCUCAUCUGGAGGACACCUAAAUUCUCCAAGGGUCAAAGUAGAACCGCAGGGAUAUUUUGAGGGCGUAGCACCACAAACCUGUUCCGGUGUAAAAUCGGAAUCUCCGUCAACAAGCUGUUUAUCCAACAAAGUAAGCACUUCUACUCGAACCAAAGAAACUUGCUCAAGAAAGCAGCUUGAUAGCUGCAGCAGUUUACAGGGUAAAUCAGAGCCAUAUCAGUUAGCUGACAGUCACCAACACACGUUCACUUCUCAAAAAACACAAAAUGGCCAAGAACUUGUUAUUGGCCCACAGUAUGGUGGAACCAUCAGCAUGACCGUUCCACACACACUGAAUAACAGCAUAGCCGACACUCCAACCUCUCCAACUGCUGUGUCCUGCAGUGGCGACAGCAGUGCGGCUGGUGGAAGCAUGAUGUCUUUUUCCGUUACUGUCACUGCCAUACCUGCUGGUCACCUACUGGAUCAGAGCAACCAGGGUGAUACCUCACCUGAGCAAGCCUUCAUAGAAACCUCUGGGAUGGAGGACGUACAAUCAAAGUGCUACUGUCGGCUAAAGGCCAUGAUUGUGUGCAAGGGAUGUGGCGCAUUCUGUCACGAUGAUUGCAUUGGCCCAUCCAAACUAUGUGUCUCAUGUUUGGUGGUACGAUAAUGGUUAUGAGGAUUACCAUCAACUGUGAUCAUUCAAAAAGCAAUUACAAUGAGGAUAACAGUGUCUGUUGCUGUGGUAAGCUAUUCAUGUGGCUAUUGUGCUGUUUGUACUCCUUGUUUUUCUUGCACACGUACAUGUUAAGCAUGGUAUGAAAUCUGUGCAACUCCGAUUCAUUCUUCCCCUCUCAUUGAGCACCUUGUUUAGACUGAAAACUCCUUGAAUACUGGCAAUAUUAUUAAGGCUCGUUCUUUUUGUUAUAUUUUUGUAACAAAGUUUUAGAAAUGAAAAUCGAUUUACUACUAUUUUUGUAGAUGUAAAAAUCAUUAUUACCCCAUAUGUUUUUGGAAAUUAUCUUUCACAAUCAAUUCACACUAGCAUGCUGAAACAGGCAACACCAAUGUUUAAGUUUUGCUUAUCAUGCAAAACUGUUUGUUGGUUAGGUUAAGCCUUUGAACCGGAAACUGAGAUACCAGUUACUUCGCAGAAUUACUGUGAAUAUGUAAACCUAAUAUAUUAACCUAGGCUUAUAUAUGGUACUGUUAAAAAAACAUUAUUUAUAGAACAGAAGGGAGUUUUGUUGAGUAAAUUAACAGGCUAGCACUUCUCUUACAUAUGAGGGGUUUUUUUUGUGUGUGGGGGAACAGAUUUAUAUUGAUAAUUGACAAUGGCAAUAAUUUGUACAUUUUAGAGUAUUUAUACAGUUAGUCUUGUUCUUUAUAAAUCUCAAAGAGCAUUAUUGUCCCUUUUAUCCUAAAUAAUAGAUUUAUUAGGGUUGCACUAUUUAUGUUCGGAAAACUGCAAAGGACUUGAACACACUUUGCCGAUUAUCUAUACAUUCGAAAAUGGCAACUGUUAAAGAUAAGUAGAGUUGAAGCACUUAUAAUCGUACCCUCUCAGGAGCAAAACCAGGUCUUAAUCAUUUCAAUAGCCUUUGUCUAAUCAUGUAAGUUGUUUACGUCACACAAGUGACAUUGCCUCUAAAUGGAAUAGUAGAUAGUAGUCCAUAUAACUUUAGUUUUUUGCGUUAAAUCAGAAUCAGAGGAAAAAAAUAAUGCUGAGCAAUGAAGUAAAACCUUUUGAGAAGGAAAAUAUGAAUGUUUUAUAUUGUAAAUAGUGACUUUCUUUGCGAUAUACUAAAAAUCCAUUUUCAAAAAGCUUUUCUGUAUCUUGCCUAAACAUAUCCGAUUGUCUACCUUACUCGAAGGGUUUUUAUUUGUUACCGUUAAUACACAAAUACUUUUAUUCAUUUUUCAAAAUUAAAUGUUGUGUACUGUCCUGAAACUACGGAGCCCCUAAGGGGACAUGGAGCAAAAAUUAAAUAGUGUAGUUUCGCGUGCUCACGUGAAACUAAGGCGUGCGCAUGUGAAACUAUCGCGUGCGCACAUGAAACUACUGCGUUUAGUUUUGCAUGCGUACGUGAAACUAUAUCGCGCGCGCACGUGAAACUAAACUUAAGAAAAUCUGCACAUGAAGGUUUCGCGUGAGCACAUAAAAACUAAACUUUUGAUUUUUUCACUCCAAUGUCAUCUUAGGAUCUUGGUAUGAAACAAUCCUGCUAAACAGGUACAUUUUGAUACAGGUAAUCUAACAAACUAGUUGUUGCAUCUUUGAAUCAGUCAUUUUUGGUUCAAUCAUUUGCCUUCCAGGCAAGAAAUGUUAAAGAUUUUAGAUGAAAUUUGCUUGGUAAUAUACCAAAGUCAAUGUAUGGAGACUAGAUAAUCAGAAUUUGUUUGUAAUGUCUGUCUAGUUAAACAAAGUAAUAUAUUUUAAGUAAUAUAUUUUAAUAAAAGUCUAUUUACAAAACAUUUAAGAAACAGGGUAUUUGCUAUAUCUUUAUAUUGGAUGUCCCAUUUUGUUAUGUACAUCUUUGUCCAAGGUGUACAUUGACUUUUUUACAGUUUUGUACUGGGCCCAUUGUGAUAGUCUGACCCCUUGAGUCUUUUGGUCUUUUUGUUGUUGCUCACUUUUUAUGUGUCGGUCAUUUACAGAUCACUUUAAUGAUUACUAAAUGACACAAAGAAAAGUUCUAUCAGGUGUUUGUGUUGUAUGAAUAAAACUUAAACUUGCUUGGUGUUUGGGUUGUGCUAAAUGUUUCUGGAUGGGAUAGAGUUUGUUUACUUCGUCAGUCGCUUACUAUAAACUGUUGCUUUCAUUUCCAUGUGUAUUUAUAUGCCACAUUUAAACACACAAGAGACUCGCUAGACAAUAACUGUGAUACGUCUGUUAUACAAAACAGCAGGCCUUAGAAGUGAUUUCAUUUUUAGUCCCAAAGCUGAUGUUUAGAUUAAUUCUUUGACAUGUUGCAAAUUGUCAGAGCUACAAACAAGCAACUCUUGAGAGUUGCAAUGCAUGACUUUCCAUUCUACCACCAACUUUAUAUGCCUGUGAUAUUUUACAAAAGUUACAUUUUUAAUUCAUGUUUCAGUAUAUUCCUCUAAAAUCAUGUGAUUAUUAAUGCAGGAGGUCUUGAUGUUUCAAAAUCAAUAAAACAGUUCUUUAUCAAAAGUCACGGGGAAAAGUUUGUCUGAGUUUAGAAUUGCUUCCACUGUGUAUGUUGUGUUAAAAAAGUCAAAUAUUUUAUGUAAAAUAAAGGUGAAUGUAAAAUAGUAAUUGUAAUAAGCACUUGUAAACAAAGUGUAUUUUAUCAAGAAACUAUAUAAAUAAAAGAAAGCAAAACAAAAGAA